AUGGCGCGCGGCAUGACUACACUACCACUAGACGAAACAGACAUCCACCUUGAUGAGACCUACCCACAAUGUGUAGAAACUCUUCUAUUGUUGAUCAACAACGUGAAACCUCCUAAUCCAACUGGUAAAAACAGCAAGCCAGCUUCACCUCUGUACACUGAUGAGCUCGGCAGUGCCAUCAAGAGAUAUUACCUUGAGGGAAUGACUCAAUGGCAAGCAAUCAACGAACGACUGAAGCAAGAACAUGGCAUCAACUUUGGCUUUUUUCGUGCUACUCGGUUCUUUGGGCUUGGUACUGCACGCAAGAGCAAGAUGUCGACUCAAGAUGUAGCUCAAGCAAUGCAAGAAGAGCUGGAGGAUGAUCUUGGCCAGGUCAUUGGCAAACCUGCAAUGACUCACCGCUUAGCACUUCGUGGACUUCUUGUUCCUCGCCACAAUAGUGACCUGGUGUACAAGGCCAUGAAAGAAUACGCUCCUGAAGGCCUGCAGUCUUGUCGACCUGGGAGCAAGAAAGUCGCUCGAUUCCCCAUCAUAUCCGUUGGUCCAAAUGAGCAAUGGUCUAUUGAUAGACAUGACAAAUUGUCCUCAUACGGAAUUGGUAUUUACGGGAUCAGAGAUGUCUAUUCUGGAUGUCUUCUUGCCUUGCAAGCAAUGCCAUCUAAUCGGCGAAGUGAAGACGUACACUGCAUAUUUGUGGACACUGUGUUGAAGGUUAUAGGAUUUCCACUUCAGAUUGCAAGCGACCGCGGGUCAGAGAUUGGGGAAGUGGUAGCCUCACAAGUUGCUUUUCGAUCAACAUAUUCACCUGUACCUGCCGAUGAGGUCUUUCCUUACAAAUUGCUAAAGAGCACUCACAACAUCACCAUCGAGCGUUCCUGGGGAAAUGUACGAGAGAAUGUUGUAGAUCAAGUCAAGCUUGCUCUUUAUUCUGCCUAUAGCUCAGCUCUUGUUCACGACGGUGAUCCUGUUCAUCAGUAA